AUGGCGAACGAGCUCCGGGUUCUUCCACCAGGUGCCGGUUAUGGCAUCGUCAUCGGCAUCGGGGGCAUCUUUGCCCUGUUCAUGCUCGGUAUCUCCUGGCUACAGAAUCGUUAUACCCGGUUCUCCACCCAUCGCGCAGAAGAGUUCAACACAGCAUCACGAUCUGUAAAGCCGGGCCUGAUUUCCGCUGGCAUUGUUUCAUCCUGGACCUGGUCAGCUACACUCUUGACCAGUUCAACCUUUGCAUACUCAUAUGGCGUGUGUGGGCCCAUGUGGUAUGGCGCCAUCGGCACCCUGCAAAUCUUACUCUUUGCUCUCAUUGCCGUGAAGAUCAAGGCCAACGCGCCCGGCGCACAUACGAUGCCCGAGAUUGUCCUCGCUCGACACGGCAAAAUUGCCCAUCUCACAUAUUUGUAUAAUGGCUUCGCGACCAACAUGUUGGUUAGUGCCUGCUUAGUCCUCGGUGGCGCGCAGGUGGUUGCAGCCUUGACCGGGAUGAAUGUCUAUGCGGCCAUCUUCCUCAUCCCUGCUGUCGUUGCCGCAUAUGUCAUUGUUGGAGGAUUACGGGCAACCUUUAUCGCCGACUAUACCCACACGGUUAUUCUGUUCGUCGCGAUCUUGGUAUUUGGCUUCUCAGUAUCCGCGACGAGUGAUCUGAUCGGCAGCCCGGGCAAGCUGUAUGACUUACUGCAGGAGGCAUCGGAAAACAUGCCCAUCGAUCGAAACACAGACGGAUCUUAUCUCGCAUUCCGCUCUGUCGGCGGCCUCAUAUUCGCCGUGGACAUCUUUGUCUCCGGUUUCAGCACCGUCUGGCUCGACCAAGCCUACUGGCAACGAGCGAUUGCCUCGCGCCCCGAAUCCUCCGUGAAAGCAUACAUCCUGGGCGGGAUCGCAUGGUACGGCAUCCCGUUCGGUUUCGCCACAGCAAUGGGGCUAGGCUGCGCAGCCCUAACCAACAACCCAUCGUUCCCGACAUACCCCAAUCCCCUCUCAGCCGAGCAAGUCGACGCCGGCCUUUCAGCCCCCGCCGCCGCAAUCGCCCUACUCGGGAAAGGUGGCGCCGUCCUCAUGCUCAUCCUUCUCUUCAUGGCCGUGACCAGCUCCACCUCUGCCGAACUCAUCGCCGUCUCCAGCUUACUCACCUUCGAUGUCUACAAGACCUAUAUCCGUCCCGACACUGACUCGGCCACCCUCGUCCGCGUCAGCCACUGGGGCAUCGUCAUCUACGCCCUCAUCCUCGCCGCCUUCUGCUGCAUUCUCAACGCCGCCGGAGUCAGCCUGACGUGGCUAUUAACCGUCCUAGGCGUCAUCGUCGGUGGAGCCGCCAUUCCCGUGGGUCUCAUCCUCCUCUGGGACCGCAUGUCCACCGUCGCCGCCAUCGCCGCACCCUGGAUCGGAUUCCUCCUCGGGGUCAUCGUAUGGUUCGUGACAUCCUGGAAACGCUCAGGAGGAAUCACCGUCGCAACGACAGGCGAUGCAACCAACGCCGUAGCUGGGAACCUCGCCUCGUUUGGAAUUGGCACCAUCUCCGCCAUCCUACUAAGUCUCCUCUUCCCGAGAAAGCACCCAUCCAGACAAACAUCCAACACCGAACGCCCACCCAGCAUAACCGGCAUUCCCAUCACAAAAACCCCCACAAAAGACGCACCAACCAACAACGAAAAAGAACCCAUCUCCUCAACCAACCCCACACAACCUCCUCCUCCUCCAGAUCCCUCGCACCCGGAGAACGAAAUAACAUCCCCCCUCGAAACCGACACCAUCGAACCCAUGGACCCCGUUCAAGUCCACCAGGCAGAACGAAUCGCCUGGACGGCGAAUCUCAUUUUCAUUGCGAUAGCGGUGAUUCUCGUUCCGUUUACGUUGUUCGGGACGCGGUAUGUAUACACCAAGGAGUUUUUUACGGGGUGGGUGGUGGUUUCGUUGAUUUGGGUUUGGGUCAGUGUGGGGGUUUGUGUGGUUUAUCCGGUGGUCGAGAGUGCGGGUGCUUUGAAUGAAAUAUGGCGGGGGGCGUGGAGGGACAUUUGUGGGGGUGGGAGGAGUGAGGGGAAGGAUGAAGGGGGAGAAAGGGGAGAGGUGGUUUGA